ACCGCCUGAAUAUUUACACUGUCAAAGAAAUGUCAGCAUAAUUUCGGUAUAGGGCUGGCAAAUGUUAAGAAUGAAGUUUUGAAAAAAUUUUGGAAAACAUGGGGAAUCAUCAUGGACACGAAUCAAAAUCGGGAACAUCAACUCCCACUUCAAUAUCACGUUCCCGUAACGGCUCUAGGAAGAGUAUCACCAGAACAAGUUCGGGAGAUAUUCAAGAAAAACCUAGUCCAAUGUUACCUGUGGAAAAACUAUCGAAGAUUUUGGCAGAAAAAUCUCAAAAACUAGAGGGUGUCAACGGAAUUAGCAAAAAUGUAUUCACGAGAUUUUUAUUCCCAAGAUAUCAAGUGCUUGGUGAAAAAUUGUACGAUUAUUUCUUGAAAUGUAGCAAAUCGAAGAACUCAUAUAUUGGACAAAACGCUUUCAAACAACAAUGUGAGAUUUAUUUAGCUAUUAUGGAUGAUGAGAAAAUACGUGAUAUCCUAGUCAAGAUGUGGGCUACUUCGGGCGAUGAAACAGGUGUAGAAAUGAUCUCGCCUGAUGAUAUGACUUCUCUUCUAAUGUGUACUUACCAUAUAAGUAUGGAUCAUUAUUCUGAAGGUCCCCAAAUGUGCCUUUCUUGUAAUAAAACCCUUAAAGCUGUUGUGGAUAGUUGUUUUCAUAAUAAAAAACAAUUAUCAGUACAAUUUGUUUCGCAUUGGAUCGAGCUCAAUACUCCUAGAUUAUUAUUCCCCCUUCAUAGAUACGCUGUUCAUUCUUUGGCAACUUCGUGGAGAACUUUAGAGGAAUGUGAACAUAGUCUGGCUAGUGGUAAUGCGCGUGAAAAGCCACAGUAUACAGAUGAAUCUACUGAAAUAGCUCCAUAUUCAGGUUUGGAAUUAACAACUCCUGUAUUAGAAGAAGCAAAUCCGUUUCCGCAAGCAAAACAUCAUCAACAUUUAUUAACUAUGAGUAUGUCUUGGCUCUUGGCAGGUGCUCUACCUCCGUUAUAUUCCAGACCACAGAAGGCCAAUUCACCAAGUAACAGUGGCGUCGGAUUAGCAAGUAUGUCAUUUCUGGCGAAAAUAGUGUGCGCUAUACCAUCCCAUUGGACCAUUCUCUACGAUUCUGACGAAAUGGGUUUGGGUUCAAAUAGAUUCCUGCAUCACGUCAUGAACUACAAAGGGCCAACUUUGACUCUCAUCAAAGUACAAGACGGUCAAAAGUUCUGCAUCGCUUCCCCCAACGAAUGGAGGGAAUCUCAUCACUAUUGGGGUGGAGAGGAGUGCGCCGUAUUUCAACUAUUGCCAAAGUUUCAAUUAUUGGAGAAAGGACCUAAGAUGUUGUAUUUGAAUUUUAGCGUUAGGGGGUAUCCUCACGGACUAAGAGUAGGCAGUGAUCCUAGAGCUCCUAUUAUUAGUAUAGAUGGAGGGUUUGAGAAGAUUGAAUGGCAGAAAAUUCCUUAUUAUUUGGAAAGUAUAGAAGUAUGGGGUUGUGGGGACCAGGUGAGUAGAGAACGACAAAUGGAAGUGAAAAAAUGGGAAAUGAAAGAAGCAGAAAAACAGCGGGUGGUCAAAUUAAGCGCCGCCGAUUGGUUAGACCAUCCCGAUAGAUAUUUAUUACAAUUAGCAGGUAGACCGGAAUACCAUCAGAAUCAAUCAUAGUUUUUGAUUUUUUGGCACAGUUUGUAGAUGUAUAUAGUUAAUUAAGCAAAUAUCUAAAAUACUAUAAUUAUGUAUAAUGAAGUGUACUUCAUUUAUAGAAUUUAACUUACCUUACUUGGCACUACAGCUCAGUGUGAGUUUCAGCCUCCUCCUCGAGAAGUCGCCUUCAAACUGAUCUAUUUUUAUCAAAGUUACCCAUCCUCUCACAUUCAUUGUUUGUAGAUCUUCAUGAACUUCGGUCCAUACGAUAUAGUGUCUACUGCUUUAUAUUUUGACGUCCAUGGUUCUCUUAGGCAUCCAUUCUUCGAAUGUGGCCAAACUAUCUCAAUCUUUGUGCUGGGAUUCUUUAGUCCACUUCGUUCAUUCUAAUUCGUGAAUAUAUUCUUAGAAUAGUUUUUCUUUCAAAUAUUCUUAAUAUUUCUUGGUCAAUUUGUGUCAUCACCCAACAUUUACUAUCAUAAGUUACAAUUGGUAGAGUUCUGUUGACUUUCAACUUCUUUCUUCUUGUUUUUAGUUUUUUUUAGGAGCUUCAGGUUCGUAAAAUAAGAUCUUUAACCAUUUUGAAUUUAACUUAAUGACUAAAAUUAGAUUUUAUUUAUAAAAAUUUAACAAUAUUCCCAAGUAGAAAAUUUUUGUAUUCUAUAUUCCUUAUGUUUAGACCCUAGUUAUUUUCAAAAACCUUGUAUAUAGACUAAUUGACUUGAUAAUUUUUUUUCAAAUUUAAUUAAACUUUGAUUAACACUGUAAAAAAUGUCUUAAUAUUGAAUCGAUUAAUUACUACCACUAUACCAACCCUCACAAUGUUUGGUUUUUUGAGCGGAAUAUGUACCGGUGACCUAUGAAAGUCUCAAAAAACCAGGAAGUGACAAUUUGAGUGAUGUGUAUGCAUUAGUAGUACACAAUCUGUUACCCCCAACGAUUGUAGGAACUUCAUGUUAAUACUCUUGGUGUUUUCCAAGACAUCUUGGAUUUCAACCAAACUAAAUGAUUUUACUCAUUAAUACUUCCAUCAACUCCUUUUGACCUAAUUAUUUAAUACGGUUAGCUACCUGGUGGUCUUCUUUGAUUUUAUUUGAAUUAAAAUUUAAUUAGUCUACCUGCACUAAUUAAAUUUUAAUAACGUCGAUUUUCUCUGUGACACCUUAGACUUGACAUUCCUAGAUAUUUUGGAAAACAUUAAUGGAAAACGUUAAUGUAUUUUAGAUAUUUGCAUGUACUUAGAGUAGUACUUAGACUGGAUACUUAAAUUACAUACACUACUUAAAAGUUUAGAAAUAACUUUACGACUGUUUUUAUGCCAUAUGGAUAUGAUGCUUUAAACUUUAUAUGUAUAAAAUUGAUUAUUGAAUUUUUAGAACAAUUUAUAAGAUAAAAACAUUUUUAAUAUUGCAAAAACUAGAGCAACACUGUUAGAGAAGUUGGUUCCAGUAGCUCAUUCUAAAGGUGGAGACGACUUUACAUCUUGAAAUUCCUUUGAUUUUCCUUCUUUAAAGUGUUUGAAUGCUUGGUUAACUUUGAUACUGCAAAAACUACAACAAUGGUUCCACUUCAAGAUGUUCCACAGCUCAAUUUUCAAUGAAUAAUUCAGCUUUGAGUACCACUGUUGGUUCAGUAGGUUCCAGUGGUUCAAUUUGAAGGUGGAGAAGCCUUUACAUCUUGAAAUUCCUUUGAAUCGCCUCAGUAACGCUUUUUUUCUUCUUUAAAGUGUUCGAACGCUUGGUAAACUUUUAUACUGCAAAAACUAGAACAGCGGUUCCACUUCAAAAUGUUCCACAACUCAAUUUUCAAGGAAUAAUUAAGCUUUCAGUAUGACUGUUGGUCCAGUAAAGUCCAGUGGCUCAAUCUGAAGGUGAAGAAGAUUUAACGUUAAAGAUUGUUUCACAUUUGAAUGCCAUUUCAUCAUUAAUUAUUGUGUAGAAGUAAAAAAAACAUUUAGUAGGUGAAAGUUGUCUUGUUUUGCAAAUAAAAAUGUUUUUACACCUAUAUUUUUGUAAACUCGUUUAGUAGUAAGUAUGUUUGUAGUAUGGAAUUAUAAUGACAAACAACUGCUUUUGUGCCUAUAACAAAUGUAUGCUCAAACACUCCAAAAACACAGUAUUAUGAUUGUAAACUUAUUUAAGAAUCAAAGAUAGGUACUUACAUCGUCACAAUAUUAAUUUCUUUAAAUAGAUAUUGAAUUUUACUUGUCGGAUAUUCAAAUGGAUUUCCUUAUAUUGUAUUUUAACUUUGGUGCAUCUUUUAAUUUAUUAUUUAAAUGGUAACUGAAUUUUGGCAUUUUUUGUGAUAAAUAUAUUGUUUCGAUGCCAUUUGAACAAGUACAUAAAUUAAAUAUUUACACUUUA